GGCCCGGCUGCGGCAGAACGUUCGCUCGGAGAUGGCGGAGCCGCCGCGACGCGGCCCGAGGCCCCGAGAGCAGGGAAGCCGGGCAGCCCCGGGACGUGGCGGAGCCCGGGGACAGCGGGGACGCCGCCCAGUCCGCCGGGUCCGAAGCUAAAAUGCAGUGGUUAAGAGCAGGGCUGGAGCUUGACAGGUCUGACUUUGAAUCCCAGUUCCUCCACUGACUGAGCUGUGUGAUCCUGGGCAAGUUACUAAGCUUCUCUGGACCUCAAAUUACUCAUAUGUAAAACGGGGAUAUUACUUACCUCCUAGGACUGGUGUGAGCAUUAAAUAUAGAGAAAGCUCUUAGAAGAAUGUCCGGCAAAGAGUAAGCCCCAAGUAAAUGUUAACUAUUAUCCUUGACAUUAUGAGUGAUCACCCCCAGUAUCUACUUCCUCCAUUCUACAGUGAUUUCUUCUCACUACUGUGUUUACUCCAAAAAGUUUCCUCUAGGUCUUAGGAUUCACGCCUUCCCAUCACCGUUUUGAGCCUUUCCCAGCUGUCUUUUCAUGCCAGUUGGUUUUACUCAAGCCAAAGCUGAACUGUUCUUAAACUGUCUUUCUCAAUUCUGAAGGACCCCCAUCUCUGCUUAAUCACCCCAAGAUGUGUAUGUGUGGGGGGUGAGUGGUAGAGAUUGCCUGCCACUGGCCUUAUUAGAAAUGAUUAAGAUGGGGAGAGUGACAGUAAAGCUUCUAGUUGGUCUACUUAAGGAAGAAAGUCUGAAAUGUAGAUCUCUUUAAAACUAUUCUCUGAUGGUACUUUCUCCUUUCUCUGUUAUUGAUUGGGUACUACUUAAGCUCCUGUUGCUCUCUGCCACCCAGCCCUAUUCAAGCUUGCUCUAUUUCUGUACUAGGACUCAAUCCCUCAUGUCUCUCUAGGCUGGCUCAGGACCCUUCUGAUCUGUUUAGGGAUGAGAAUGUAGUACUAUCCAGGCUAAAUUAGGAAGGAGAAAUAGAGUGGAUAGGGAGACAGAUUCUGGUCUCACCUCUCUAGCUUUUCUUAGGUGCCAGUGAUGUGGCCUGCUCUGGGGCUAUAUUUUUAUCACCCCUUCUGACAUUGGCACAGAUAAGGUAAAGAGCAGGGGUGGGUAAUUUUUCACAAGGAGUGGGGAAGAGAAUCCUCAGGUUCUGGGCUUGGAAGGUAAUAGAAUGAUUAGCUAGCACCAUUUGUCUUUCCUCUUGAAUUCGCCUACCAUAGUGUCCACCUGACUGCAAGUUCGUUAGUGCUGUUAGUCUGAGAUGUUGGGUUUGAUAGAUGAGGGAGAUUAACGGACACACGAGUUUCCUCUUAUCUGAUAUUUCGUUGGAACAUGGGACUUCUGGGGCUUUCCUUCCCUUCUUCACAGGAAGACCAGAGCCCCUACUGGCUGACCAAUUGCUCAGUCACAGGCUGGGAACUCCUUUCAGAGCAGGUUCAUUUUCAGCCUUCUGAAAGUAAGAGGCCAAAUAUCCUCUUACAGAUGGGAGAUUUGUUCUCUUCCAGACCUUGGAUAUACUGCUUCAGUUCUGAACUUAGUUCAGGGAGGAGAAUUUAGACAACAUUCUAAGAAAGGGAACAGUCUGUGAAGCUAACGUAUGAGACUCAGAUUUUGUUGUUCUUCUACAGGAGCUUGUUCUUGGAGAACAAACCAUCCUGUGAGCAGGAGGUUGUGAGGAACUCUGACAUCUGAUGUGAGGAGCUCAACCAAGACCAAAGGUGGAGCCUAACUAGAUUUGCAUCCUGAAGGCAUGGGCCAGUGGGCCAUGGUGACCUGAGACCAAUGAACUCUGUCCAGUUUCCCUCUGUUGCCCUUUCUACCUCCUCUACCCUAUACUAAGGGGACUUGUUUCCACCUUUGCAGGGAGCUGACCCUGUGGGAAUCCCUGUCCCCUCUUCAUAUCCUUCUACCCUCCCAGAGAGCCUCAGCCUAUAGAACUCCUACCUCCCAUCCCCUGAGGUGGUCCCCAUCCCUGCCUCACCUCCCCGCCAUGCUCAAGCUGUGGAAGGUGGUACGCCCAGCUCGGCAGCUGGAACUGCACCGCCUCAUACUGCUGCUGAUUGCUUUCAGUCUGGGCUCCAUGGGCUUCUUGGCUUACUACGUAUCCACCAGCCCCAAGGCCAAGGAACCAAUGCCCCUCCCCUUGGGAGACUGCAGCAGUGGCGCGGCAGGUGGUCCUGGCCCUGUACGGCCUCCAGUUCCACCUCGGCCCCCCAGGCCUCCAGAGACAGCGCGGACUGAACCCGUGGUCCUCGUGUUUGUGGAGAGUGCAUACUCGCAGCUAGGGCAGGAGAUUGUGGCCAUCUUGGAGUCUAGCCGUUUUCGUUAUAGCACUGAGCUGGCACCUGGCCGAGGGGACAUGCCCACACUGACUGAUCAUACCCGUGGCCGGUAUGUCUUGGUCAUUUAUGAGAACCUGCUCAAGUAUGUCAACCUGGAUGCCUGGAGUCGGGAACUACUAGACCGGUACUGUGUGGAGUAUGGUGUGGGCAUCAUUGGCUUUUUCCGAGCCCAUGAGCAUAGCCUACUGAGUGCCCAGCUCAAGGGCUUUCCGCUUUUUCUACAUUCAAACUUGGGGCUUCGGGACUACCAAGUGAAUCCUACAGCUCCACUCCUGCAUCUCACACGUCCCAGCCGCCUGGAGCCUGGGCCACUACCCGGUGAUGACUGGACCAUCUUCCAAUCGAACCACAGUACCUAUGAACCAGUGCUUCUCGCCAGCCUUCGGCUGGCUGAGCCCCCUGUGCCAGGACCAGUGCCUCGCCGGGCCCGGCUUCCCACUGUGGUGCAGGACCUGGGGCUUCACGACGGCAUCCAGAGGGUGCUCUUUGGUCACGGCCUCUCCUUCUGGCUCCACAAACUAGUUUUCGUUGAUGCCGUUGCAUACCUCACUGGCAAGCGCCUCUGCUUGGACCUUGACCGUUACAUCUUGGUAGACAUCGAUGACAUCUUUGUGGGCAAGGAAGGUACCCGCAUGAAGGUGGCUGAUGUUGAGGCCCUGUUGACCACCCAGAACAAACUCAGGACCUUAGUCCCCAACUUCACCUUCAACUUGGGCUUCUCGGGCAAGUUCUAUCAUACUGGGACAGAGGAGGAGGAUGCUGGGGACGACAUGCUGCUGAAGCACCGCCAAGAGUUCUGGUGGUUCCCCCACAUGUGGAGCCACAUGCAGCCACAUCUGUUCCACAAUCGCUCCGUGCUGGCUGACCAGAUGAGGCUCAACAAACAGUUUGCUCUGCUCUAUGAAGCCUGGAAAUCUGUGUGGGGCAUCCAGGUGACCAGCACUGAGGAGUAUCCCCAUCUCCGCCCUGCCCGCUACCGCCGUGGCUUCAUUCACAAUGGCAUUAUGGUGCUGCCGCGGCAGACAUGUGGCCUCUUCACUCACACAAUCUUCUAUAAUGAGUAUCCCGGAGGCUCUCGUGAACUCGACCGGAGCAUCCGAGGUGGAGAACUCUUUCUGACAGUGCUGCUUAAUCCGAUCAGCAUCUUUAUGACCCAUCUGUCUAAUUAUGGAAAUGAUCGGCUGGGCCUGUACACCUUUGAGAGCCUGGUGCGCUUUCUCCAGUGCUGGACGAGGCUGCGCCUACAGACCCUUCCUCCUGUCCCUCUCGCACGAAAGUACUUUGACCUCUUCCCUCAAGAGCGAAGCCCCCUUUGGCAGAAUCCCUGUGACGACAAGAGGCACAAAGAUAUCUGGUCCAAGGAGAAAACCUGUGAUCGGCUCCCCAAGUUCCUCAUUGUGGGACCCCAGAAGACAGGGACCACAGCUAUUCACUUCUUCCUGAGCCUGCACCCAGCUGUGACUAGCAGUUUCCCUAGCCCCAGCACCUUUGAGGAGAUUCAGUUCUUCAACGGCCCUAAUUACCACAAGGGCAUUGACUGGUACAUGGAUUUCUUCCCUGUCCCUUCCAAUGCCAGCACUGAUUUCCUAUUUGAAAAAAGUGCCACAUACUUUGACUCAGAGGUUGUACCACGGCGGGGAGCUGCCCUCCUGCCACGAGCCAAGAUCAUCACUGUGCUCACCAACCCUGCUGACAGGGCGUACUCCUGGUACCAGCAUCAGCGAGCACAUGGAGACCCAGUUGCUCUGAACUAUACCUUCUACCAGGUGAUUUCAGCCUCCUCCCAGGCCCCUCCAGCACUUCGUUCCCUACAAAACCGUUGUCUUGUCCCCGGCUACUAUUCCACUCAUCUACAACGCUGGCUGACUUACUACCCCUCUGGACAGUUGCUGAUUGUGGAUGGGCAAGAGCUGCGUACCAACCCAGCUGCCUCAAUGGAGAGCAUCCAGAAGUUCCUGGGUAUCACACCCUUUCUGAACUACACACGGACCCUCAGGUUUGAUGAAGAUAAGGGAUUCUGGUGCCAGGGACUUGAAGGUGGCAAGACUCGUUGUCUAGGCAAGAGCAAAGGCCGGAAGUACCCAGAUAUGGACACUGAGUCCCGCCUUUUCCUUACGGAUUUUUUCCGGAACCACAAUUUGGAGCUGUCGAAGCUGCUGAGCCGGCUUGGACAGCCGGUGCCCUCAUGGCUUCGAGGAGAACUGCAGCAUUCCAGUUCGGGCUGAUGUAUCAGCCUCUUGUACCAGCAAAAGCCCCCUGCUUCCCUAAGGGGCAAGCCCAGAGCAGGGCGGCCCACAAGGGGAUUAGAGUGGCCUGGUCCCCCCCCCUUCUACCUCAGUGGCCUUUAGGCCUGGGAUGGCUCAGAAGGGUAGGGCAUCCCUUUCCCAUAGUUGUGGGGUGUAAUAAAGGGGAUUCCCUUGAUACCCUGCAAGAUGGUACUAGGCACCUUUGGCCCAUGGUCUUGAAAGGUGGAGGGAAUGAGAGGGUCCAGGCAGGGGGUAGAGGAACGUAUUAAUCCAGUGCUUUCCCUCUUCAUCCCCAGCAGUGUAUCUAUCUAUACUGGCUAUGGGAGGGACCCCUUACCAUGGGAUCAAUGGGAUCUACCUGUGGCCCGGCCUCCCUAAUGUCAUUCACAUUGAAUGGGGAUGAGGUCGGACGAUGGCUCAUAGAGCUGAGUAUGAGCCCUAGCUAUGGGCUAGAAAUGACUUUAAUAAACAUCCUUAUUUUUC